AUGGCUUCGACACUGUCUCUCUACCUCAUGUGUCCCGUGUGUUUGAGUGACUUCAACGAUCCAGUAAGUUUACCUUGCGAGCACGUUUUCUGUCGACAGUGUAUUACAAGUUAUUUGGAAUCACAUGAAGGGGCUCACAGAUGCCCGGAAUGCAGACAAAACUUCACCAAACAGGAUCUUAAAGGUAACCGAGUGCUGAGAAAUGUUGUGGACAUCUUACAAAAACAGCCCAAGACAAAUCAACAGACUCCAAGAAAUGCUCAAGAAAUGCUAUGCGCUGAGCAUAUGGAACCACUUAAACUUUUCUGUGAGGAUGACCAGAGACUGGUUUGCCUCAUCUGCAAGGAAGGAGCGAAACAUGGUGGACACAGUUUUAAGCCUGUAAAAGAAGCCAUGGAGAUCACAGAGAAAGUGGUGAGAGAAGCGUUGAGAUAUAUUUUACAUGACAACAAACAAAUGGGUGACAUGAUCUUGAAUCAGAUGCUUGAAAUCACAAAGUCAAAGGAAAGGGCCAAACAUCUUGAGGAAAAUAUGCAUGUUCAGUUUAACAAAAUGCAUGACUUUUUGAGAAAAAAGGAGGAAGAAAUGAUAAGGCAACUCCAGAGACAAGCAAGCAGUGCUGAAGUAUCAAUGAAGCAAAAUGCGACAUUUUUGUCAAGGUUGCAAUUAAAUGGAAACAACCAGGAGAACAUAUUGGAGUCGGGACUACAGAUAACCCAACCUGAGAGUUUUUUAGAGUGGUGGAGUGAAAAAGGUUUUACUUUGGUUGAUAAAAUCACACUCAGUGAGAACGAAGACAUCAAGCCUGCCUUGCCAACCAAAUUUAAGUCAAGGCUUGAUGGUACUCGAGUGAUUUCUGACCACUUCACCCUCGGCCCUUAUGAAAUGGACCUGCCACUAAUUGUUUGGAGAGACAUGCUAGGCACUGUUAAACAAGACCUAUCAGAUACAUCUACAAUAGACAAAGACCUGAAACUGACUAUCAAAAAAGAGAGGCAUCUGCAGUCUCAAGGGGAAGAUUACUUUGUCAAAUUCCAGAAGUUUCACAACGGCUAUAAGGACAGUUAUGUAGAGAACAUACAACUUGGUCAGGUGUACUGGGAGGUUGAUGUAGGAGCUGAACCAGGAUGGGAACAUGGACUUAAAGUCAAAUAUUACCCAAAGGAGAAAAAUCGUUCUGUCUGGCAGACAUUGUUCUCUAAAUAUUUUGAGAACAUAUCUCUUUCUGUAAAAAAUGACAGACUGUAUGCUAUAAGGGAGGGUGAAGAAACCCCAAUCGCCACUCAGAUUAUACCCAGCAGAGUUGGGGUUUACGUAAACAGUGAGAAACGUCAGGUUGUAUUUUGCAAUGCAGACAAUAUGUCUCUCCUUCACACAGUGUGGUGUGGAGAUAAAUAGAUUUUUUUAUCAAAACCUUUUAUUUAGGAAAUCUGCUUCAUUUAGUUUGAGAAAUGGUCUGGUCAUUCUAUUAAUGUUGAUUGUAAUUAUUCCUUCGUUUGCCUCUUGGGCUUGAAGACCUUGUUAACAGGUUGAUAUUUUCUGACGGGAUGUCAGCACAAUCUAACAAAAUAAGCAAAUCGUCUUAGAUAUUGUCAUAUAAUGUGGUAUAUAAUGUUUAAACUGGA